UUUUAAUUUUGACUUAGUCGGUAGUCGGUUACAAGAUUUGUGACAAGAAAAAUAUGGCUGGUGUUUCCAACAGUGAUGAGGGUUAUAUUCUAGCUCAUCCUUCUCAACUAAAAGAUGUGAAGAGAAAAAUGGAAAAGAUGAAAAAAUUUAGGAUAUUGAUGCUUACCCUAAAACGUUUGGAUUCUAGAUAUAUAAAAGAUUUGGAAUAUUGUUUAGAAAGGUGUUUACUGAACGAUGUCAGUAUUCGAGAAUGUUUUAAAGAUCCUGGUCAACUACAUAAAGUACUUCGAGCAAUGAAGAACAAUAAGUUAGUCAAUAAGGACAAUCAAAUACAGCUAGACAUCAGAGAGAAUAACAUAAACUUUGAUUGUAUCAACACUUUGCGUAAAUUGAUUAAGAGAGAAAGUAUAUCUGCCCUGGACUUACCCGAAGAUCUCAAAAUGGAGUUUGCAACAGCUAUUUUAGAAGCAUUACAUGAUGUUCCAAAUGAGAUUUCUGUACUCAGCAUGAAAUGGGCUGUUUUGAGUGAAGCAAGCAUCACUUACUUGCAUGCAAUGCUGCUUGAAAAAAGAAUUACAAAAUAUCUUAGCUUAGCUGGAUGUCGAGGUGAACACGGCCUACUUCUCAAGCAUCACUUGGAACGUCUAAAGAGAGAAGCUUCCAAACAGAGGGAACUCAAUACAGAGUGGUAUCCCGUCUACAAUGAAGUUGAUGAUCCAUAUGUAGCAAUGACAAAGCUUCCUCCCAGAUUGUCUUCUAUGUAUUUGGCAUUAGAGUCUGGAAAAGUGUUCAAAAUGGGAUACCAGGCAAAAAAGACUGUCACAAAUAAAUUGAAAAAGAUGAAAAAUUCUGUGGCUAAAAAAUCAAAGAAACAUCAAUCAAGUGAAGAGCAAAUCAGAAUGUCUGACUUAAAGGUGGAUGAACACUCUGAUGACCAUCAGAACUCAACUGAUGAUAAUUUAGACCAAUCGUCAGAUGAAGAAAAUUUAGAUUAUGUAAAUGAACAUUCAGAGAUAGUAAAUGGCUCUUCAAACUUGGAAGAAGAAUUGAAAGGCUUAGAGAAUUUGGACUUGGAGAAAAUUGAUCCAAGUUUGAAGCAUGUCAGAGGCGGAAAUCAGUCAAUUACUGUAAAUAUACAACAAUAUGUUGCCCGAGGUGACAUCCAUGAUGUUAGAGCACAAAAUGUUGCUUAUGAUAAUGCACGGAUGACCGCAACUGGAAGUUCUACCUUUAUGCCAAGACCAAUUAGAAACACUGAGUAUCCACAGAUUGAAUAUUCCGAACAGGAUGAGAGGUUACUACCAGAACUACCUGGUUUGAAUGAGUCACCAGAACAAAGACAACAAAAUAUCCCCACUCAAUCUGAGCCGAAAAUUAAAACAGUAACAAAAUGUACCAAACAAGACUCCGUGAAAAUUAACAAGUCUGGGACACAUAUUUCAACACAGUCGGAAGAUGACAAAAGUGCGAAUGGCAACGAAACACCAGUCAACACACAACAAAAGAAAAAUGUUCCUUCAGCUCCGCAUAAAAGUAAUUUAUCUUAUGAUGAAGGGAAUUUGGCUUGCACAGAACAAAGCAAUGAUGCCGAUUUACAGCCAACAGCAAUUUAUAUAAAGCAUGACAAUACAGGAAUACAUGCUUAUAAACAUUCUCAGGGCAAAGAAUCCUCAAUGGAUGAUAAAAUUUCAACUAAAACAAUACUGGAAGACAAUGAUGUUCAAGAUGGUUAUAAACACCAGGAAAUUGUCAUACAAGAACCUAUAAAAGACAAAUCUCUUAAACAUGAAGCCACCUGCCCCUCAACAAUCUUUCAAAAAAAAACUCCAAAUGAGGAAGACGUUCAAGGCAGAACAAAACAAAAUAAUUCAACCAGUCAAAAUAACGAGGUCGAGCAAAAGUCACCAGAACAAAGACAACAAAAUAUCCCCACUCAAUCUGAGCCGAAAAUUAAAACAGUCACAAAAUGUACCAAACAAGACUCCGUGAAAAUUAACAAGUCUGGGACACAUAUUUCAACACAGUCGAAAGAUGACAAAAGUGCGAAUGGCAAUGAAACACCAGUCAACACACAACAAAAGAAAAAUGUUCCUUCAUAUCCGCAUAAAAGUAAUUUAUCUUUUGAUGAAGGGAAUUUGGCUUGCACAGAACAAAGCAAUGAUGCCGAUUUACAGCCAACAGCAAUUUAUAUAAAGCAUGACAAUACAGGAAUACAUGCUUAUAAACAUUCUCAGGGCAAAGAAUCCUCAAUGGAUGAUAAAAUUUCAACUAAAACAAUACUGGAAGACAAUGAUGUUCAAGAUGGUUAUAAACACCAGGAAAUUGUCAUACAAGAACCUAUAAAAGACAAAUCUCUCGAACAUGAAGCCACCUGCCCCUCAACAAUCUUUCAAAAAAAAACUCCAAAUGAGGAAGAGGUUCAAGGCAGAACAAAACAAAAUAAUUCAACCAGUCAAAAUAACGAGGUCGAGCAAAAGAUCACUGAACAGAGGCAAAGCUGUCCUCCUGAGCUACAAUCAACUCAUGCAAAAGCAAAUUCCAGAUAUAGACCCACUGAAAACACCAACUUAUUGACUACAACAGAUAGCAAUGAUGGUGCUUCGUAUUUUCAAGACAAGAAGUCUGGUGAAGAAGUUGACGAAAAUAUAACACCGAAAGAUAAUGGGACUUUCAUUAAUUCCCAUCAAAGAAUUCAACGAAUGAAUGUGCAAGAAAAUCUUUCUGAUGAUCGAAGUUACCUUGAACUUACCCCAUUGCUCCCUACAAAACUACCCUUGAACGGUGACAAUGCAAAAACAGUACUUGGGCAUGAAAAAAUAAAUACUAAUAUUAGGAAAGAAGAAGAAUCAGAUGAAACUGUAGCACUUGUAAUAAGCAAAAUUGUAGUGAAAUCAGCAAGUAUAAAAAGAAAUAAAACACUGUCUAAAGUUACCAACAGAGAUGCAAAUUACAACAUACUUCCAUUUUUGGGUGAAGAUGGCGAAAUCAUUAACGAUACAAAAAUGGUUCCAGAAAAACAAAAUAAAAAUCUCGAUAGUGUUUUGAACAGGACUGUUUCGCAUAAAUAUGAAGAAACAACGCUUCCUAGGAAUGCUUCACAACCUCCUGAAACUAUACCUGAUGAGAAAGUGGCAACACCAAAAACUAACAAACCCAAAGAAAAUUGUUAUCAAAUAACGGAAGCUUCUCAAGUGCAGAGAAAAGCUGCAACGCUACCAAGAAAGUCAUCCAAUAUUCAAAAUGAUACCAUACAUGAUGGAAGUGGAAAAGUUGCCUCAAUAUUGGAGCAAGAAAUGAAAAAUGGUCGGAGACAUCCAGGUACAGUCAAAAAAACUGAAUCUAUGAAGCAGACACCUUCAACAUUACCUGAACCCCUCAAAAGAAAUUUUUCAACAAGAAUUUCAAGAACUGAACCUCAAUAUUUGCCAAAAGAAAUCGUUCACAGCGAAGAAGCUUCCAAAUUGAUAUCAACAAGACAGAAAUCUGUUAAGGACAGCACUUCUAUAUUUGAAUCUUCUUCAUAUGAAUCAAACGCUGAUGCUGGUCAUUCAGCAGAAGUUGCAGAGGUAAUAGCGAAAAAACGAUUGUCUGUGAAAGAACGUGCUGCCAUGUAUCAGUCAUCUUUGAAAAGGAAGAAAAAUUAACACACAUUUUCACUGAGAUCAUCCUACAACUUUCUAUGCAACAUGAUCAAUAGUUACAAUUUUACGCCAUUGCCAACUUCCUUCAAAAAAGCCAACUUUUGUUUCAAACAUUGUUAUACUUGAAUAUGUUGAUAGCCAUAUCUUUUAUGUAUUUACUACAAUUAUCCUUAUUUUAGUGAUAUCUUUUUAUGCAGUGGGAUUUUGUGCUAUUUUUAUGAAGCUCAAAUCAAAAAGGUGUCUUUAAAACUGUGUGAUUAUUAUUUCCUUUUGAAUGCGAAUAGGCCAAAUUGAACUCGCCUCACAAAAUCAGUUCAAAUAUACGUUUCACCCUACUCCAUUAUGGGUGCCUCUGCUCAAUAACCAAAUUUGGUUUCUCGCGGCUCCCCUCACCCUGAAAUGCUUUUCGUUUAUUUAUUGCAAUUUGUACAUCAAGUGUGCUUUUUCGUAUGAGAAAAUAAACUACUGAUUUUUGACGAAAACUCUAGUGUUGUUUCCUUCGGAAGGAGCAACCUUCUGUAAGCCUCGCCCUUCCACCAGUUGGUUGGCAUAAAACAGUUGAGCAUCCGACGCACAGCACCCCUGUUUAAGCGUGACUGAAUACCGUCGUAAUCUUAUA